UCGCACAGCACAGAAACCGUCCUCCACUGCAAAGACCACAGAGGUCAUGUCGUCCAGUCUGUCAGUACGGAGUUUCUCUAUGGGCCGGCAGCCCUCAUUCUCCAGCAUGUCUCUGAGGGACAGUGGACGUGCCCGAUCCAAAGCCGCCGUCUCAUUCGUUGCCUCCAAGCCCCUGUCUCGCUCUGCCUCCAUGAGCAUGUCAGAUCUGAACGGCCUGAGCAACCUGUCCUUCAACGGCCUUCAUGGCAACAGCACCAAUGAGAAAGAGGCCAUGCAAAGCCUCAACAGCCGACUCGCCAGCUACCUAGACAAGGUCCGCUCACUGGAGAAGUCCAAUGCUGACCUGGAGCUGAGGAUCAAACAACUGAUGCUGGACCGUGUGCCGAAAGGGCAUGAUAUUGAUUCCAUGAUGGCCCAAGCCCAUGCUCUGGAACAGGAAGAAAUAGACAGCCUGAGGGUCCGGGUUGCUCAAGAGGAAGUCAGUGUGGAAGUGGAUGCGGCCCACGGGCCAGAGCUGGGGACCAUACUCUUUGACCUCAGGUCUCAGUAUGAAGGCAUUGUCCAGAAGAACAAGGAGGAAGCUGAGAGCUGGUACCGUAAAAAGGUGGCAGCUCUGGAGGGUAACCUGGGUGAGACGGGGCAGAAGUACACCCUGGAGAUGGAGCGACUGCAGGCUACUCUGGCCCAGCUGGAGGAAAACCUGUCGCAGCUGCGUCUGGACAUGCAGCGCAACAAGACGGACUACGAGCAGCUCCUGCGCAUCAAGCAGAACCUGGAGAUGGAGAUCGCAACCUACAGGAGGCUGCUGGAGGGGGAGGAAACGGUUAAAGAGACUCCUCCACCCCCCAAGAAGGAGCCUGAUGUUCGUACCCGUAAGAUAGUGAAGGUGGUAACGCAAACCAUGAUCAAUGGCAAAGUGGUGGACGAAUCCAGCGAGGUUGAACAGAUUGAGGAGACAAAGAAGUAAAACAAGAACAAGACUAUCUGUGUGAUUCUCUGUAUAAAUGCUUCUAUUGUCCAUUUAGGAGCCGCAUUACCUUGGGCCCCCACAGGGCCCCUGAUUUUUGUUUCAUUCCCAGUCUUUCAAAGAUAUCGUCUUUCCUUUCUCAAGCAACAGAAGAGCUGAAAUUACUAGGAACUCCAUCAGAUUUAGAGCUGAAACUGAAGAAGAAACAAGUGCUCCUGUUAUUGCUUUUAGGGACUUAUCAGACCAAAACUCUUUCAUCUUUCUGCAUGCAAUAUUUAUUUCUAAAUAGUGUAGUGUGAGGAAGAAUUUAUUUACUUAAGAGUUUUUUGCUUUUCUGUCAUGUCUUUCACUCUUUAUCUGUAAUAAAACCAUAA